AUGGAAAAACUUAGAAAAGCAGUUUACGAUAGAAGACGAGGAAUUGGCAUCCUCGCUGCCGUAGCCACUGGCAGCUACUUUAUUUGCUCCUAUCUUAGCUCGAAAUUGUCUGAGAUCCAGGAUCAGGCAGAUAGAGAUAGAGUCGCAAAGCAGAGCCUACGUCGCAAAUUUUACCAAAUUCUCCAGGAUUCCACUUUCACAGUUAUGGCUCUUCUACCUCCCCUUGAAUCUCAACUCGAUGGCAUCUUUAACGUACAUGCCAUCACCGAAGAAUUGAAAGAACGCGCUAAAUCCCCAUCAAUGUCUCACUCUGCUGUUUUCUCAGAAUCCUCACUCGCCCCGUCAUCAGAUGAUAAUGGCAUGCAUUCAUCCGCAAUCAGCAAUGAUUCCUCUGCUAUUUCUCUUGGUGGUCACUCUGAGCAGUCUGCUCAAUCUGAACACUCUAAUUCCCUUCCCUCUUCAGAUGCCUCCCCUUCAAGUCCACUUGCGAGCAAAAUUUCGCAGCUAAAACUUAAGUCGAAAAAAGAUCUCUGGGAGGAGCUCAAGGUUAGGACUGUCGCACAAACUAUCACCAUUCACUACGCCGUUACGUUGCUCACUCUUCUUACUCACAUUCAAUUAUCCCAUCUUGGCAGAGAAGCAUACAUUGCUCAGCUGCGCGCACUAGCCAGAUCCAGGGCACCAGUGCCAUUUGAAACCGCAGAUUAUAGCAACAGCGACAGUGACACUUCGGACAAGACCUACCUCAGCCUCUCAUGGUGGUUCAUUUACUCAGGUCUUCCGAGACUAUCUGAGCGUAUCAAAGGGGUUGUAGAUGAUGUGAUUGGUGGCGCAUCGCUCAGGGACACCAUAGAUGGAUCUCGUCUGAUUCAGUGGAUUAAACAGAUCAGAGCCAAACUCGACUGCGGUCCUGUCGAGGAAUUCCUCGACGAACUUUUCCCAAUGACAGACAAAACGCUGAUGGAGACCCUGGAUGGUAACCAACAUUCCAACAACGUGCAUACGGGUGAGAUGUUUGUCGAUUUAGUCGAGCAAACCCGCACCUCGCUCCUAACGUCCGACUUGAAGAGCAUCAUGACUGACUGUCUCAAUAAGAGCUUCGAUCAAUUGGCAGCCUCACUUUCUCACCUCCCAUCUAACAAACUUGCUUCGCAAUUACCGAAAGUUAAAAAAAGCGGUCAGACAUCCCUCCAUUCUGUACCAAACGAGAUGGUCGAAAUGCUCGCAAAUCACGACGAUCUGCUCGCUUUUGACGCCCUUAUCCAAACCAACUACGAAUCUGCCAUUGAUAAGGUCAAGUGA